AUGCGCACAGUGGUCAUUGGCGAGAUUUGCAACUUUGCCGCGUACGCCUUUGCACCGGCUAUCCUCGUCACUCCUCUCGGCGCUCUCAGUGUUUUGGUUGGUGCCGUGCUCGGCUCAUACUUCCUCAACGAGAUAUUGGGAACAUUAGGAAAGCUCGGAAGUGCCAUCUGCCUUAUCGGAGCUGUGAUAAUUGUGCUCCAUGCGCCAGCUGACGAGGAAAUCUCCACCAUUGACGAGAUUUUGAACGAUGCUAUCAAGCCAGGCUUCCUGUUGUAUGCACUUGCCGUCACAGUUUACGCGGUCGUCGCUAUUUACAAGGUGGCCCCUGUGUAUGGAAAGAAAAACCCGCUGAUCUACCUGAGCAUUUGCUCGCUGGUCGGCUCUGUUUCUGUCAUGUCGGUCAAGGCCUUCGGCAUCGCCCUGAAGCUCACAUUUUCUGGGAACAACCAGUUCACUCACCCUUCCACUUACGUGUUCAUGAUUGUCACCGGCGUGUGCAUUCUCACGCAGAUGAACUACUUCAACAAAGCCCUCAGCCAGUUCCCAACAAACAUUGUCAACCCACUUUACUAUGUCACAUUCACAACCGCCACCCUUUGCGCAUCUUUCAUUCUUUUCAGCGGCUUCAACACCACGGAGACGGUUAACACUCUGUCCCUGAUCUGUGGUUUUCUCAUUACCUUCACUGGGGUCUACCUGCUCAAUCUUUCCCGCGGCGACCCAGAUGGCACUCGCAUGGCCGGCCGAUCUGGACCCGAUGCGACUGGCACCGACAUGAUCUCGAGCAUCCAGACUCGCAUGAGCAUGGAAGCUCGCCGCAGCUUCGGCCCCAGCCACCGUCGCAGCCUCAGCAACGGCAGCGCCGGUGAUCGACAAGGCCUGAUAAGAGCCUAUGAUGAAGAGGAGGCAGCUGGCUUCGGCCUGGCUGACCUUACUGACUACGCCGAGGACGGAACCGUGCACGAUGGCCUGACCGGCCCGUCAAACGGCUCUGCGAACGGCCAAUUCAAGAAGAGCAGCGCACAACCUAAGGGCUCAAUAGAGCAGUCGACAAAGCCUGCCGACCGAUGA